AAAUAGCUACAUCGGAUGGGGGGUUGCUUCGAGCUUAUGUUCGUGAAUUGUGGUUGGAAGCAGCCUUCAUCGAUCCGCGUCGUUCCCCCCCUUGUCGGUUCUCUCACUGUCGUCCCGCGGCAGGGCGAUGACGCCGACCUGAAACGAAAUCGUCUCCCUCCGGCUGACGAUAGAGACGAAUGCAAUCGUUUUCUCCCUCCUGCCUAUAGGCUGCAGGGGCCGAACAUGAAUCGGACGUUUGUCGCCGGUGCUGUCGCGCUUUUGGCCGCGAUCAGCGGCUGCUCCGACUCCAGCAGCGUGCCUCCGUUCAUCCCGCCGUUCGCCGACUGCGCGCCGAGCCGCGGCAGAGACGGCUUCUACCGGGGCGCGAUAGACGUCACCGAGUCCGGCGCCCGGUGCAUGAACUGGACCGCGGUGGCCGGCUUCGGGGAGCGCUACCCGGGCAAAGGGGUCGGAGAGCACAACCACUGUCGCAACCCGGACGGCAGGAUCCGACCCUGGUGCUUCUUCAGGAGCCCCAGAGGCAGAGUGGACUGGGGGUACUGCGACUGCAAACAAGGCUCGGUGCGCCUGCAAGGUGGCCGCUCCAAGCUAGAUGGCAGGGUGGAAGUCUAUCUGGGAGGAGUGUGGGGGUCCGUCUGCAGCGAUGACUGGGGGGACAAAGACGCUGAAGUCGUCUGCCGACAGCUGGGCAAGGGGAUCUCAGGUCGUGCACGUGCAGUUGCCCUGUUUCGUCCAGGCAUGGCCAAACUCCACUGGCGGGCGGUCCAUUGCCAGGGAGAGGAGUCCGACCUGCUUCAGUGUCCCAAGACUACCUGGAAUGGAGGAGAGUGCUCUCUGGCUGCAGCGGUCACCUGCACCCAGCAACAAGUAGUGACGCUCCCUGUAAGGCUUGUGGGCGGGCGAUCAGGGUCGGAGGGCACAGUUGAGGUCUUCCAUGCAGGGCAAUGGGGCUCCAUAUGUGAUGACCAGUGGGAUGACAGUGAUGCUGAGGUGGUGUGUCGACAGCUGGGACUGAGUGGUGUAGCUAGGGCACGGGGCCAGGCGCAUUUUGGAAAGGGUUCAGGCCGCGUGUGGCUGGACGAGGUGCGAUGCACAGGCAAUGAGCUCACGCUGGAGCAGUGUCCAAAAAGCACUUGGGGGGAACACAACUGUCUGCACGCUGAGGAUGCAGGUGUAUCCUGCAACCCGCUUACAGAUGGGUCUGUUAGGUUGGUAGGGGGUACAGGGAGCCACGAGGGGCGUUUGGAAGUUGUCUACCGUGGUCAGUGGGGGACAGUGUGUGAUGACGGCUGGACAGACUCUAACACACAAGUAGUGUGCCGGCAGCUUGGUUACAGGUUGGGCGAGACUCUGCCUUCUGAAGGACUAGAUAUCACCCCAGUCCCACGCUUUGGGGUGGGGUCAGGUCCAAUUCUUUUGGAUGACGUGAGCUGCACAGGGAAAGAACCUGGUCUAUUGCUGUGCAACAGGAGGGAGUGGCUCCGUCAUGACUGCACACACCAUGAAGAUGUGAAUAUCGCAUGCAGCCCUGAGCACAAUGGAGAGAGUCUUCCAACUAGUGUGCCAGUAAGGCUUGUGGGAGGAGAGAGCCCCAGGGAAGGCCGAGUGGAGCUCUACCUGUCUGGUCAGUGGGGGACUGUGUGUGAUGAUGGAUGGACUGAUCAAGAUGCGGAGGUGGUGUGCCGACAGUUGGGCUACAGCGGUGUGGCAAAGGCCCGUGUGAUGGCGUACUUCGGGGAAGGGGCGGGGCCCAUCCACGUGGAUAACGUGAAGUGCAGUGGAGAGGAGCGUUCCUUAGCCGACUGUAUCAAACAGGCACCUGGCACACAUAACUGUCGCCACAGUGAGGAUGCUGGGGUCAUCUGUGACUACGGUGAAUCACAGUCCAGCUACAAAGAGGUCAAAGAUCCUGUCAACUCAAUUUGUGGUCUGCGGCUCAUACACACUCGCCAGCGCCGGAUCAUUGGAGGAGAAAACUCUCUGAGGGGUGGCUGGCCGUGGCAGGCGGCGAUUCGUUUGCGAGGCUCGCGUGGCGACGGGAGGUUGGUGUGUGGAGCGACUCUCAUUGACUCCUGCUGGGUCCUGACCUCGGCACACUGCUUCAAGAGACAUGGGAACAGCACCAAGCAGUAUAAAGUCAGAGUGGGCGACUACCACUCCCUCGUCCCUGAGGAAUAUGAAGAGGAGUAUGGCGUUGAUCAGAUAGUCCUCCACCCGAGCUACCACUCCCACAGCAAUGAUAACGACCUGGCCUUGGUGCGCCUGUCGCCGGGGGCAGUGGGCCAGUUGCCGGGGGAGUGUGUGUCAUUCAGCCGCCAUGUCCUUCCAGCCUGUCUGCCCAUGAGGAAGGAGAGGGUGCUCAAACAAGCCAGCAACUGUCACAUUACCGGCUGGGGUGACACAGGUCGCUCGUACUCCAAGACCCUCCAGCAGGCCCCCCUCUCGGUGCUUCCGCGGCGCCAUUGCCAGCAGCAUUUCCACGGUGCCUUCACGAGCCGCAUGCUCUGCGCGGGCAGCGUCCCGUCGGAGAGGCGCGUGGACAGUUGCCGCGGUGACAGCGGCGGCCCGCUGGUGUGUGAGCGUCCGGGAGGUGGCUGGGUGGUUUAUGGGGUCACGUCCUGGGGUCACGCCUGCCGGACGCAACAGGCCCCCGGUGUCUACACCAAAGUCUCCUCCUUCAGCUCCUGGAUCCGCAAGGUGAUUCGACGUGACGAGAAAAAAAGCGAAGAGUGGAGGUUAUGAAUCUCAAAACAGCUGACCUCUAGAUCCGAAGGCAUGACUCUCGAGACCUGCCCAACUGAUCAGGUGACAGCUGAUAGCACAAUGUCCUGAAUAACUAAUGUCACGAUGCUAUGACCUGAUGUAAGCUAUAACCUGUAGUGGAGAGGACGAGGAGGGAACGCUGGACCAUUUGCCCAUUUUCAUUUCUUUCUUUGGAGGAGCAGCGCAUUAUCUUAUCUUCAUCCAAGUCAUUAGCACUUAUUUUUAUGAUUUUAAUAUUCCCGUGAGCUGCAGAAUUUUGGAUUGUGUUAAACCUUCAUUUCAAGAAUAUGCCAUAACUUAAACAUAUUUUGCGUUGUUUUAUUGUGGUAUUGCAUACCAGACUAUCAUGGGGGUAAAGUUUUCUUGCUUUUGUUAUACGGUUUUAUUGUAAUUUAUGAUAUAAAAUGUGUGAGCACAAAUGUUGAAAAGGGACCACAUCCACACAGCAUAUGAGCAUGCUCUCACGCACACAAAGUACAUGAUGGCAUGGAAUUUGCAGCCUUGCACGGAGAUAGGUAGAUUAGGUAUGUGACGCAUGGCAUUCAGCCCUUUUGUGUUGUGCACUUGUCAUACUUACUUUUAUAUAAGUGACUGGCGUCUUUAAAGCCUACGUCACUCUCGUAAUGUAAAGUUUCUCCAUAGUGGGUUUUUUUUCUCUCUCUCUCUUUUGUGUAAUAAGCAGAUUGCUGGUCUUUGUAAACCACUCAGGCAUUUCCAAUUUUAAGUCAGUAUUUGUCCUCAGUGUUGCUCAACGUUUGCAACGAGUCAGAGCACAAACAGUAUUUCCAAGUGUUGAUUUGUCAUGAUGACUCUGUUAUUUCAUGUUCUUUUGUCCUGGUGCAUUGCCACAUACCAACACAAAAGGAAAACAAUCUGGUACACUUGAAAAAACAACACUACACUGCCUUCUCAUUUGGUGUUAACUGACUGUGUCUUAUGUGUUAAUACUGUAACAUGUCUUCAUAAACUGAGAUUUUGUAAAAAAAAAAUUAAAAAAAGAGUUUGUUGUGUGUUUGAUCAAACUUUUUGACAUGGCCA